AUGACAGGAACUGAAGAUGAAGUGGAAAAAGCUUCUCACGGUAAUGAUUGGGAGGUCAUAUCUCUCACGGCGUCAAAUUAUGCAGCUGCACCCGGUCCUGAUAAAGUUGAGUUGAAGAAUGAUGACAAGGAAGAUGCAUAUGCACCAAAUGAAACUGGGACAUCAAACGCUUUGUUCAUGUUUGGUCACUUUGCGUUUCCACCCAGUCGGCAUGAAUUUUCCAUCGGAACCUGUUUAUGGCGAGAUUCAAAGUGA